AUGAAAGCGCGUAAACUGAAUAAAGCGAAAGCAUGGUUGAUAUGUUGCGAAAAAUCGCAAAUUGUCGAUUCUGAUUCGAGCGAUCGAGAAGUUGAGGAGCAUAAAGCGCGGAAUAAAACGAAGAAGCAGCUGGACAACAAAGGAGAGAACAAAGCUGAGGAUAAAAUGGAGAGCGAUGUGGAGAACAAAGUUGAGAACUCGAUAGAAAACCAGGUAGACAAGACGGAGGAUAAAGUGGGGAGCAAAACGCAGGGUGGUAUUGAAAAUGAAGUGGAGAACAAAGUGGAGAAUCAGAGGGGCAAGAUAGAGAAUAAACUGGAGGUCAAAACAGAGGACGAUGUCAAAAUAGAGAGUCAAACAGACGAAGUAGAGAAUAAACAGAGGAACAAAACGGAAGGUGAUGUCGAGAAUAAAAUGGAAAACAAAGUGGAGAACAAAGUAGAGAAUCGGACAGACAAGACGGAGAAUAAACUGGAGACCAACACGGAGGACGAUGUCAAGAACAAAGUGGAGAACAAGGUAGAAGAUCAAAUAGACGAAGUAGAGAAUAAAGCAGGGAACAAAAGGGAAAGUGUUAUCGAGAAUGAAGUGGAGAACAACGUGGAGAACCAGAUAGACAAGACGGAGACUAAAUUGCAGGCCAAAACGGAGG